AUGUCGGAACGGCAUCCAUCCAUCAUAGUCCCAAUAUCCGCAGAGAUGGGCGAACCACCAAACAUCAUGCACAACCGCAUCCCCCAAGUUCUUCGGAACCACGCGUCCCCUCAAGAACUCACCAUCCUAAGCCAAGGUUACUGGACGUCAGACGGCGAAUACUAUGGCCUCUCCCAUCCCACCCCAAUCGACCUAACCACUCUUCCCAGACACGAAGUUUCACAGAACGCAUGUCCCUACUGCCGGCUCCUCUUCUCCAGCCAUCAAGCCUUCAGAACACAUAUCGAGUACAUACACAUGAAAAUCCGGCCGUCCAGCUGCGAAGCCUGCUACUUCUGGUCUUUCUCCGCCGCUUACCUCCGCGUCCACUGCGCGCGCGCGCAUGAUGCGACGACGUUCAAGUGCGAGUUCUGCGGGUAUAUCAGCGCGGUGCCGUAUCAGCUACGCAGACACAAAAAGAGUCAUCAUCGCGCCGAGCUGGAUUGCGUGGAGUGCGGUGAGUUUUUCAUGACGAAAGCCGCGCUUGAAGAACAUGCGGCGAAGACGCACGUUGAUCCGCGGAGGAAUUUCAAAUGUGUGGUUUGCGAACUGAAUAUGUCGACGUUGGAGGGGCUGAGGGCUCAUUGUUGGAGCAACGAGCAUAAGGAUAUGGUUAUUGUGAAAGAACGGAAAAAACGCAGAGAGGCGAGUGCAAAUGCUCAUUUCUGCGAAGUCUGUAGCCAAAGUUUUGCUUCGCAAAAUGAACUCUCGCUUCACACGUCUUCCGUUCAUGCGCCUGAGCUGUCUUUUGGGUGCAAGACGUGCUGUCGAUCGUAUACUUCGUCGUCGGGGCUUGCGAGACAUAUGAAGACGCAGUUUCAUGACAAUGUUGUGCUGAAUUUGGCGGUGAGAGCGAGGAAGAAGGAGAAAGCUGGGAUUGAGGGGUGGGAGGAGGAGAUUCCGGAGAGUGUGAUGGCGUUUGUGGAGGAGUAUUAUGAUAUUCAGGAUAUUCGUUGCGACGUCUGUCCUAUGAUAUUUGCGACGCAGUGGGCCUUGUUUUGUCAUCAGAUGGAUCAUAAUCAUUACGGAGAUUUUGAAGAGCUCCUGAAGACAAUGCCUGGAGUGGAUGGUUCUUCUGAGGAAUUGGGUUUUGGUCUCGCGGAUUCCAAGCCAGAUACGACAGAUCCCUUAUCUCAAAUUUUAUUUGGGUGA